AAUGGCCUCAUUUAAUUCGUACACCGAGCCAGGAAAUAAAAUGGAGAGAGUUGUAGCAAAAUUAGCUAAAUCUCGUUCCCUUUUCUUCAUCUACUUCUUCUACUUCUUGUCCUUAUCCUUCUUAGGGUUCUUGGCCCUCAGGAUCUCGAAGCCAAGAACUACUUCACGUCCUCAUGACUUGGAUCUCUUCUUCAUUUCUGUCUCCGCCAUCACGGUCUCUUCCAUGUCCACCGUCGACAUGGAAGUCUUCUCCAACACCCAACUUAUCAUCAUCACUAUAUUCAUUUUACUCGGUGGAGAGAUCUUCACUUCUUUCCUCCAUCUCUACUUCUCUCACUGCGCAAACUUCGGCUUUCCUUAUAACAAACUUAGACAUCUUGUGUGUUCUUUAAGUUCGGACACUCCCAUCGAGGAUAGGCGUCGCGACCUUGAGAAUGUUACAAAUCAUCUUAAGCGUCCUAGCCAGAUCAAUGAAAGGGCGUCUAAGUGUUUGUACUCGGUUGUUCUUGGUUAUCAUCUUGUAACAAACCUAGUUGGCUCCAUGUUGCUUCUUGCGUACGUAAGCUUCAGCGUGAAAGAUGUUCUUAGUUCCAAAGAUAUCUCACCUCUCACCUUCUCGGUCUUCACAACUGUCUCCACGUUUUCAAACUGCGGAUUUGUCCCCACGAACGAGAACAUGGUCAUCUUCCGUAAGAACUCAGGUCUCCUCUUGCUCUUAAUUCCUCAAGUAUUCAUGGGAAACACUUUGUUUCCGUGUUUCUUGGUAUUCAUCAUAUGGGGACUUGGGAAGAUCACAAAGCGCGAAGAAUUUGGUUAUAUUCUCAAGAAUCACAAGAAGAUGGGAUACUCUCCUUUACUCUCCGUUCGUCUUUGUGUCCUUCUUUGUUUGACGGCGUUAGGACUCGUGCUGAUACAAUUUCUUCUCUUCUGUACCUUUGAGUGGAACUCUAAGUCUCUUGGAGGAAUGAACUCCUACCAGAAGUUGGUUGCAUCUUUGUUUCAAGUGGUGAACUCCAGACACACUGGAGAAACCAUUGUCGAUCUCUCCACACUUUCCCCAGCUAUCUUGGUACUCUUCAUUUUCAUGAUGUAUCUUCCUCCCUACACAUUGUUCAUGCCGUUCGCCAGAGAAAAUGAUAAAAAAGACGGAGAAUAUGAUUCCAAGAACGAAAAGAAGGUAAAGAAGAAUGGUGUCUAUGUAUCACAACUUGCCUUUCUGGUCAUAUGCGUCCUUCUCAUCUCGAUCACCGAAAGUAAAAAAAUAAGACGAGAUCCACUAAAUUUCAGCAUCCUUAACAUCACUCUCGAAGUUAUCAGUGCUUAUGGAAACGUGGGAUUCUCGACCGGUUACAGCUGUAAACGGCGCCUGGACGUUAGAGAUGGUAGCUGCAAAGACGCAGGUUAUGGGUUCGCGGGACGAUGGAGUCCCGUUGGAAAAAUCAUAUUAAUAAUAGUAAUGUUUUAUGGAAAAUUUAAGCAGUUCACAGCCAAAUCUGGGCGAACGUGGAUACUUUAUCCCUCCUCUUCCUAACAUUUAAAGUAAUAAAAUAAAAUAUCUAUCUCCCCCAUCACGUUUUUUUUUUUAACAGCUCCCCAUCA